GGCCGCUGUUUUCCUUGGUACGAGGCUGUCAAAUUGCGGCAUAAAUAUUCACCAAGGAUGGUCUUCUUCAAGCACUGAUUACAUUUUGGAUUGAUAAUUAAGAAGAAAAUAUGUUUGAGGAACUACCUGCAUCUUAGUCGUGGUGAAAAUGUCGUGUGAUUUUGAUAUGCAGGAUCCUGUGGAGCAGGCAAUCAACGCAUGCAAGAUGGUUCAGUUUAUGAUUGACUUUACUGCGAAACAGCUCGUGGGACUGAGGACACAAUGUGCUACGACCGAGCAAAUUACCCAGAAAGAAAUAAGAGAUACAGAGAGCAAGCUAGUGAAGUUAUUCAGUGACCAGCUUGUUGCCAAGGCACGCCUGGCAACCGAUGUGGUGCCAGAACAGCUUGGGGAGUAUCCCAAGACUGACCAAUGGCUGAAGGUGGUGGGCGUGGCAAAGGAUGCAGUAGAGGGCAUCAGGGAAAGGGGGAUAACUCUGGAUAGCCUUCUGGAGAUGUCGGAGGCUGAUGUGGCGUCUCUCCUGGCUCGCUAUCAGGCAGAUAGCGACGAGACUCGCCGACUCAACCUGGCUCUCAAGAAUCUCAAGAAUUGCACAGAAAUGCAGUUACAAGGGCAGGAGGAUACCUAUGGAGAUUGGCAUUUUACCGACUUGCUAGGCUUGACAUCCAGCAAGUCAGCAUCCAACAGUCCGUGUAACGGAAACUCUCCCAAGUUCCACCAGAGACCCUCAACAACCUCCCUCCCAUCAGAGGGACUCGUCGGGUCCCCUCAACCUGUAGAAAUACCCACCCCUCCCCAGAGCACCCCUUCCUCCCCACUCCCCACCAUGCACAUCAAGGAAAAGUACACGCCCCCUCCGACUCCACCCCCAGGGGGCAGACAUGGGGGGAGGGGCAUGGCAAAGGUUAGAGGUACCCCUCCUCCUGCUCGCAGUUUGAAGUUGUUCCCAGAUAUUGUGACCAUCACGAAGAGCAAGUCGCACGAGUCCCAGCUUGCCAACAGAGUCAUUGAGAUAGAUCCGAUCAAAUCCAACAAGAAGAAGCCGCAGAACUCCCUUGGAGGGAGCCACGAGGCGCUGUACCGACGCCGUCUAUCAACAGAAGGGGGAUCUGAUUCAGGUGCCACCAGCCGCGGGCAGUCGGGGCACACGUCACCCGUUGUGUCCUCUCCUAUCCGCUCUCCUCCGUACAAGCAUGAACAGAUACUGCCUGAUGAUUAUGCUAAUAAAUAUUCCAACACUCUGACAGUGCCCAAGUCUCCCAAGACUCCACUCAACCUGGGGCCCAAGAUGAAGCACCAGAUCAACCAUAGAUUUAACUCCAGCUUUGUGUUUGCUCCCUGUGAUAUUUGCGCUACCAUAAUCCUAAGGGGAAAAGUUUGUAAAUAUUGCAAGAAAAAAUUCCAUCGUGACUGUGCUAGUAAAGCCAGGCCGACAUGUGGUCUGACAGACGACUAUGUUGAUGCAAUCAUAGGAUUAACAGGUACUGACCAUAUGCCGGACUCCAGCUCCAACACAUCGUCCUGCAACUCUUCAACUCCAUCAUCCCCUGCUCUCAUCUCAUCCGGCACAGUCACAUCACCAUCCCCAGCGCCAUCCCCCAACAUCUCAAUACAGUUCCAGUUCCCAGAGGUGCCUGAUAGUAUCACUGCCAGUCUCCCGAUGGACUAUACCAUGAGCGGUGACCACAGGGCAUAUGAAGAUUUCAUCAACACAAACACGUCCAACGAUAGUGACAGGACUCUUGUAGAUAGUACCGGUAACCCCAUUGACAGGACACUGCUAGAUAGGGUGGACUCUAUGGACAGUCAGGAUGAUCUCGGACAUGCUUGGAACAGGCAGAAUAGUUUGUCGGUUGCCAUGAAGGAGUGGGACAUCCCGUAUGAAGAGCUACAGUUCACCGAGUCCAUAGGGAGGGGACGACUAGGCACAGUGUUCAAGGGUCAGUGGCACGGAGACGUGGCCAUCAAGUUAUUAGACAUGGGUAACGAGGCGGACAAUCAGGCACAGCUAGCGGCGUUUAAAUUAGAGAUCGCAUUAUUAAGGAAAACACGUCAUGAAAAUUUAGUUUUAUUUAUGGGAGCUUGUAUGAAGCCUCCAAGACUAGCCAUAGUAACUAGCUUUUGUAAGGGAGAGACCCUGUACAGUAUUAUCCAUACCAAGAAAGAGGUCUAUAAACUGAAUAAAGCGAUGAUCGCUGCUUCUCAAGUAGCUCAGGGCAUGGGGUAUCUUCACGCUAAAGGCAUUGUCCACAAAGAUCUGCGAUCAAAAAAUAUUUUCUUGGACAAUGGUAGAGUGGUCAUCACUGACUUUGGGCUGUUUAAUGUAACCAAAAUCUGUAGAGGCAACAGGAAGGAGGAAUGGCUGAGAGUUCCUCCAGGAUGGCUGUGUUACCUGGCCCCGGAAAUAAUCCGGGAACUUCAUGCCAGGCAGAACCCUAAUACCGAACUGCCGUUUACUGUGAGGUCGGAUAUAUAUGCAUUCGGAACUGUGUGGUACGAACUGCUGUGUGGGGAGUGGCCGUUCAGAAACCACCCCGCGGAGACCAUCAUCUGGCAGGUGGGGAGGGGGAUGAAGCAGUCGCUCAGCAGCAUCAACGCCCCCAGGGAAGUCAAGGACAUCUUGAUGUCCUGUUGGCAGUUCAAAUUCCCCGAGCGUCCCGACUUCAGCCAGGUGGCCAAGGCACUGGAUAGAAUACCAAAGAACCGCCUAAUUAGGAGUCCUUCACACCCGAUACAGUUCUCCCGGAGUACAGAGGGAAUCUUCAGUGCUUGAGCAAGUGUGUAGGAUGUUGCACUGAUGCAACCAGCCAGGCGGCAGCCAAGACAAUAUCGGGAUGACCCUUCUGUGAUCCGUAACCCAGGGACCUGACUGUUGAUCCAAUAUUUCAUUGUGUGAGCAGUGCUGACCAUGUACAGUGGGUCAUGUGAUCGUUGUACAGUGAGUCAUGUGAUCGUUGUACAGUGAGUCAUGUGAUCAUUAUCAGGCUUGAUCGUGUGAUCAUUGCACAGUGAGUCAUGUGAUCAUUAUCAGGCUUGAUCAUGUGAUCAUUGCACAGUGAGUCAUGUGAUCGUUGUACAGUGAGUCAUGUGAUCAUUAUCAGGCUUGACCAUGUGAUCAUUGCACAGUGAGUCAUGUGAUCAUUAUCAGGCUCGAUCAUGUGAUCAUUGCACAGUGAGUCAUGUGAUCAUUAUCAGACCUGAUCACGUGAUCAUUGUAGAGUGUGGUAAUGUGAUUGCUCUACUGUGUGGUCACGUGAUCCUUGUACAAAAUGGUCAUGUGACAAUGUAUGGUUUGGUCAUGUGACAGUGUAUGGUUUGGUCAUGUGACAGUUUAUGGUUUGGUCAUGUGACGGUGUAGGGCUUGGUCAUGUGAUCAGCGUCACGUGAUCAGCUGCAGGCAGACCCCGGCAGAACAGGUGCUCUAUCUCAAUGCAGUCACUCCAUGGCACAGAGAGUGUUGUUUGUGUGGUGGACGUGAUCAGUCCCGCCAACAAGCCAGAUGACCGCUGACCAGAACAGUCAGCUUACGUAGACUUUCUUCACACUGAGUCCUAUGAUUCAUCCACACAUGUUCAUCAUUCAGGAGUGUAUCACAUCACCCCGAGUCAUGCAAGGUCAGCGAGAUGUAUGGUGUGUUCUAUAAGAGAGUGCCUCAGGCUAGAAUGAGUGAAAAGUGUGAUGUCAUUUUGGAUAACGAGAAUGUUUGAUGUAGGAAUGUUUAGUGUUGUGUGUGUGUGAGCAUGUCCAUCAUGAAUGUGGGAGGUGUCCAUUGUGCUACAUUGACCCCGUCGUCACAUCUCCUCUUCCUCAUCAGUGUCAUUGUUACCAUUAUUGUUAUCAUCAUCAUGAUCAUCAUCAACAUUAUUAUCAUUGUUGUCAUGUUUUAUGCCAUGCAUUUUUCAGCAUUGACAUUUUGAGUGUGAUAUUUUUUAUGCUUAAAAAUCAUGAAAAUUUUAUUGAUGCAUAAAUUUUUAGGCAUAUUAUAUGUAAGCCUUUUACCUACCAAUCUUUUAUGUGAUUACAUCAUUGCCUAGGCAGAUUAGAACACUGUGAACCAAUCUCAUUAAUAUCAGAUCUUUUACUCCGAUCGAUAUUUCUCUGUUUGAACAAGUAACAACCCCUCCAUGGAAAGUGGCAUCAUAUGAACCCUUUUCAAACUUUGACAACCAAAUCAAAAUAACACUUUGGCUGCCUUUCUUUACUACCUUGGUUCAAUUUCAGCCACAGAAAACUCACACACAACACAAAGUGUUUGAUGGAAAGACUUUUGGGUGUAGGUGUCAUGUCACUCAUAAAAAGGUGUAUGAAAUAUCCUCAAUAGAAUUGUGGAGCCUUUAUUAUUUACAUUCCGAACUGUCCGUUCUUUUUCAAGAUUAAAAAAUCAGACUGAAUGCUCCUCUCACUCAUACCAAAUAAUUACAGGCCUCAGCACUGAUUAACCAGACAUGACUUCCAAUGGAGGGGUUGUCAGACGUUCGCACAGAGAGGUGUCGCCUGGGAGUAGAAGAUCUGAUUUUAAUGUGGUUGACUGUGAACAUGACUGUUGAGCUCCACCCAUAGUUUACGACUAGUACAUUUUAUACAUCGCAGUGUCAGUCAUGAAGGAGUGUGCUUGUGCCUCUCCCAAUCUGACAGCAUCUCUGACAUUUGGUCAUUUUUUAGCAGAACAAAUUUGUAUUAUAAAUUCAUUUAUCCUGAAAUACACGAACAACACAUAGACAAACCUUUAGUGCUAACUAUUAGCUGAGAUAGACAAUGGUUAAUUUGGUGCUGAGCAUCGGAACAAAUAUCUGAUCAAGAUGUUGUGAUCUUGCUAAACGAUAACCUUUAUUUUUAUUUCCAUUCAAAAGCGAGAUGGAACAAAGAUUCAGUUGAUGAUGAAGUCAGCUGUUGGAUGCUGGAGUCCUCUGUGAUUGGUUGGAAGUAGGUGCAGUAUCAGACUAUCAUGUGAUAUAUUCCCUGUGUGGUGCUGCCAGGUGACACUCCGACACUCCCCCAGCCAGUGGGAUACAGGCACUCUCACAUACUGUCCUACGUAAAUAUACCUCAGUGUUGACUAAGGAUGUGGUUACUGUAUAUCUUAAUGUUACCAUGGUAACAAGGGAUGUUGUUACAAUCACAGUGUUUGAAAUAAUUUUAAAACCCAACAAACCCGACAGUUGGGCAGGUGACCCAUAACUGUAGCCUGCCCGUCUUCAAAGUCACCUGCCUGCAUUCAGACAUUAUUGUAUUGAAAAAUUGCAAAAAAUGAGAGACUGAUUGCAUCAUGAUUCAGCUGAAUAUUUCUAACAAUUACUUGAAUCUACAAGGAGUUAUGAUAAAAUGAGUAUCUAAGUUGGCUUAAAAUUAUCUGCAUUGUCGAAGAAUGCAGGUAGAAGAAACUUUCGUGCAGCCCGACAGAAAAGUUACCAGCCACUGGCAGGCGGGCAAGCAGUUAUUUUGGACACUGGUUACGAUGUAUCUUAAAGAAACCUUGUGACAAAGGAUGUGGUUUACAAUGUAUCUCAAUGUUACCUUGGUGAUGAGACAUAGUUUUCAAUGUAUCUCAAUGUUACCUUGGUGUUGAGACAUUGUUUUCAAUGUAUCUCAAUGUUACCUUGGUGUUGAGACAUUGUUUUCAAUGUAUCUCAAUGUUACCUUGGUGUUGAGACAUAGUUUUCAAUGUAUCUCAAUGUUACCUUGGUGUUGAGACAUUGUUUUCAAUGUAUCUCAAUGUUACCUUGGUGUUGAGACAUUGUUUUCAAUGUAUCUCAAUGUUACCUUGGUGUUGAGACAUAGUUUUCAAUGUAUCUCAAUGUUACCUUGGUGUUGAGACAUUGUUUUCAAUGUAUCUCAAUGUUACCUUGGUAUUGAGACAUAGUUUUCAAUGUAUCUCAAUGUUACCUUGGUGUUGAGACAUUGUUUUCAAUGUUUCUCAAUGUUACCUUGGUGAUGAGACAUAGUUUUCAAUGUAUCUCAAUGUUACCUUGGUGUUGAGACAUAGUUUUCAAUGUAUCUCAAUGUUACCUUGGUGUUGAGACAUAGUUUUCAAUGUAUCUCAAUGUUACCUUGGUGUUGAGACAUUGUUUUCAAUGUAUCUCAAUGUUACCUUGGUGAUGAGACAUAGUUUUCAAUGUAUCUCAAUGUUACCUUGGUGUUGAGACAUUGUUUUCAAUGUAUCUCAAUGUUACCUUGGUGACGAGACAUAGUUUUCAAUGUGUCUCAGUGUAAACCUGGUGACGAGAUAUGAUUUACAUUGUAUAUCAAUACAACCCAUUCAACAGAUUAUGUUGUCAUUCUGGUAAUAAUCUGGUACUAAUUAACAUGGCCACCAUUGAAUCAAAUGUACUGUUAAAUAUUUCAUCCGGGUAAGGUCACAUAACCCUGUGACAUGUUGAGCGUGUGAGCGCUGUCUGUAUCCUACUGCUGGAGCUGACGAGAAGCAGAGUCCCCAGUCAGAUGAACACGUCUCCCUUAAGCUGUGAUAUUAGAAUGGUAACAGUCACAAAUGGGCUAGCAGCAUCUUUGCUAUAUUUGUAUCAGCUGAUGUAAAACAAAUAAUUCAAUGUAAAGCAGAAUUUGAUGACCAUUCUAAAUGCAUCAAGUUUUGCAAGCUUUGGUGUGACAUGGUGCCGGAUGGCUGUAUAAUACUAAGUCUGUAUAUGUUGAUUCUGAAUUAUGAUUGUUUCUGUAUGUGAGUGUGUGAUCAUCCAGCCAGCGGUCAGUCCCGCCCACCACAGGCUACUACAAGGUUAACUAAGGGGGUUACGAUUCACUGAUGCAUCACCAUAUCUCUAAAAUAUCUCAGGCCUAAAAAUUGUAACUAAAACAGUUGCAAAUGCGACCUAAAUUUCAAU